UAUCCAAAUCACGAAAGACUAGCGGGUAGAAUAGCCAAAGAAAUUGGUUUCACGAAUGUUUCACUGUCGAGCGAUGUGAUGCCAAUGAUAAAAAUUGUGCCUAGAGGUUAUACAGCUUGUGCUGAUGCAUAUUUAACACCGAAGAUCCGAGAGUAUAUUACCAAUUUCAACGCUGGAUUCGCGAAAGGUUUGAAGGGAGUGCGUGUUGAGUUUUCCGGAUCGCGAGCGAUUCUCUCCGGUCCAGCCGCUGGCAUUGUUGGUGUGUCGUUGACUGCAUUCGAUGAUGUUACCAAGCAACCGGUGAUCGGCUUCGAUAUGGGCGGAACGUCAACCGACGUCAGUCGAUAUGCAGGAUCAUUUGAUCACGUGAUGGAAACAACCACAGCUGGAAUCACAAUUCAGGCACCACAGGUCGAACAUUGA